UUGCCAAAGCACAACAAAUGUAAAAAUAAAUAAAUAAAAAACUUCGCAAGUAAGUUUCAAUUUUAUGUUUCAAACAGAGAUGGCGAUAGAGAGGUAAAAGUUCAGUACUGCAGCUUUAAGUAAUGCAAGAAUCAUUUAACCGGAACGUUUAUGAAAUGUUUUUCACUAGACUUACGGGUGAAUAAAAGCUGAUCAACAUCCACUUGAAUGCAGAUUAUUUACUUUGAAUAUGGAAAAAUUUGUAGCAUGUUGAGUAGUUGCCUGCUAACCGAUUAGAUGCUUAUUUAGUUAACUCUGAAUUCAUAAAUACGGAUGGUCCGUUCAGUGCUCACAUCCUGUAGAUUCGCAGGACGAAGGGCUUCUCUUAAGGAAGGGAGGAACAUGUGGUUAAAGAGGGGGUCUGACCCUGAACUUUGCUUCCUGUGUUUUAGCCUUCUCUGCUUUUCCUUUCUUCAGUGGCCUUACAUGGGAUCCUGCCAUUUACAGUACAAAGGGAUCAACCCUGCUGGAAUGUGUGAUGCCUUCAUACAGGAAGCUGAACUCACUCAUUUCUCACACACACACAUAAUCAAAGCGAUUAAACAUGUCAAUGCUUGUGUCAUUAUAGCAAACUGAUGUCAGCGAUCCGGUUUGAGCCUGAGUUUUGUGGACAGCAUUUUGCUGUGAUAGUUAUGGUCACGUGGAAGUGUAGUGGAGCAACACCAUAGAACGAAGGGUGAACACAUCUAACAGGAAACACGUGCAGUGCACACUCACUGUGUGGUUUAGGUGUAGGCCGGGAGACGUACCAUCUGGUGAUAGGCUGAUCAGAUAGCUGGAAGACAUGAAGAAUAGGAGAAGGAGAGUGACGUGAAAGUAAUAACCCAUUUAACUGAAAGAAUAAUGGAUAGGUAUACAGAAUUGUGCAGUUGAGAUAUAUAGGUACAAAGUCAGAAAGAGGACAGAGCGAUGAACAGAGAGAAAGGGAGAGAGAGAGAAAGCAUGUAAAGUUGAGGGGAGGGCAAAGCAAAGAAGGAGGGAAAGAGUUUGGAGAGGGAGGUGGUGUGAGUAAAAGUGUGCCGCUCUCACACUCCCAACUGGCUUCUGAAGGGACUCCGAGAGCUUGUUAAUGUCUCUGAGAGAGGAUAUAUGGGAAAGGAUUAUUUCAGACCUGACUUUUUGAUGGCAGUACCAGAGAAUCUGUCUCUAGAUGCAUUGCUGCAGAUGUCUGGUUCUCAGGUGCAGGAGACCAUAAGGAAACUGGGCUCCAGUGCUGAGGAGUGCUCCCACAUCACUGCUGCUCUCUCCUGUCUUAAGAGCACCACCACCUCCUCCACCUCCAGCUCUGAGCCAUGUAAAGGACGGGAACUCAAAGAGGACGGAAUUCCAUGGAUCGUAGAACCUGCUCGCUGUGACAUUAAUACUACUUCUUGCUCAGCUAAUCAGCUCUCCACUCAAAGCCCACAAUCCUACAGCCCAAACCCAUCCAUUCAGGUCCCUUUUACCCCCGCGAUGCCUGGCAGCCAACGUUCUGUCUCUGUUUCUGCUGUAACCUCUCUGGACUACCCAACUAGACCCCACCUGACCCCACUGUUGAAUGGACUAGCCGACCCUUUCUACUUCUCACCUCAGCUGCUACCACGACCGAAGGGACAGGUAUCGACUCCGCCCUCGACUCCACCCAGCAUUAGGAACGAGCUCCUGAAGUCCCCCCACACGCCGCCGCCGCCAUCCAAGCUGCGCCAGCUUUUCCCCGGCCUGCCCCGCAGCAAGAGCCACACACAGCUCGCCAACCGCAUAGAUGAGCCUGCACACAGGAAUGUGAAGAAGAAUAAGAUGCUUCUAAAUGUGCAUGUAAAUGUGCAAGAUGUGAGAAAUGGCUAUGAGGAUUCGCUCUCGCGCUCGCCACUGCUCUCUGUCCCAUCUCCACACGUUAUUCCCAACACACGCAUCCAAGUGGAAAGUCCAACACUGAAAGACAAAGGACGAUCUCCACAGGCUAUGCGUAGAGAUUAUGGGCUUACAAUCACACAUAGGUUUUCCACCAAAUCAUGGUUAUUCCAGACAUGUGUGGUGUGUCGGAAAAACAUGCACUUUGGUGUAAAGUGCAAACACUGCAAGUUAAAGUGCCACAACAAGUGUACCAAAGAAGCACCUCAGUGCCAGAUAAUUCCAAUUUCGAAAAUCAGAAGAACAGAGUCGGUUCCGUCCGACAUCAAUAACCAGGUGGAGCGACUACCAUCAUCUACACAGUUUGGCACAUUACCAAAGAUUUUAAACAAAAAGGACCUUCCACCACCUGUCAGUCAGCCGGACUCCAGCAGUAACCCCUCUUCCACCACCUCCUCCACACCUUCCUCACCUGCCUUCAGCUCAAGCAACCCACCAAGUGCCACUCCACCCGCAAACCCCUCGCCUAAAGGGCCCAUUGAUGGCCGCUUUCACUUCCCAGCUUCCUGCUAUUAUCAGCUAAGACAACAGUUUAUCUUCCCUGAUAUCUCAAGUUCUCAACAAGAUGUCCAUGAUUCAGGAGAGACAGAGCAAGUAGGUAAUGAGCUGAUCAUGCAGACAGUGAGGCAGGAAGAAGCAGCUGUGAAUGACAAUGUGGAUGGUGAAGAAGAACAACAGGAGCAUGAAAGACAAGACGAGGCUGCUUCUUAUGGGGAAUCUGAAGGUGAAGAGGAUGAUCUGGAUGACCUGCCCAGAUGCCCGAGACCCUGGAAGGGCCCUAUCUCACGCAAGUCCAGCCAGACUAGUGUGUAUCUGAAGGAGUGGAACGUUCCUUUCGAGCAGCUCGAGCUGGGGGAGCUUAUAGGGAAAGGCCGCUGGGGAAAAGUGUACCGUGGACGUUGGCAUGGAGAGGUGGCUGUGCGGCUGCUGGAAAUAGACGGAAAUAAUCAGGAUCACUUGAAACUUUUUAAGAAGGAAGUGAUGAACUACAGACAAACACGACAUGAGAACGUGGUGCUGUUUAUGGGAGCCUGUAUGAACCCUCCUCGACUGGCUAUCAUUACAAGUUUUUGCAAGGGUCGGACGCUGCACUCUGUUGUCAGAGAUUCUAAAAGCUCACUUGACAUCAACAAGACCAGGCAAAUCGCUCAGGAAAUAGUAAAGGGAAUGGGCUACCUCCAUGCAAAGGAUAUCGUGCACAAGGAUUUAAAAUCCAAAAAUGUGUUUUAUGACAACAACAAAGUGGUGAUCACAGAUUUCGGUUUGUUCGGAGUGUCAGGAGUGGUGCACGAGGAUCGGCGAGAGAAUGAACUGAAACUACCACGAGGCUGGAUUUAUUACCUGGCUCCUGAGAUUGUACAGAGGAUGAGUCCUGGAAAUGAUGACCGCUUACCCUUUUCUAAAGCUGCUGACGUUUAUGCCUUUGGCACCAUCUGGUACGAGCUGCAGGUGAGAGACUGGCCUUUUAAAACCCAGCCGGCCGAAGCUGCUAUCUGGCUGCUGGGGAGUGGAGAGGGCAUAAAGAGGAAGUUGGCUCAGAUCAGCCUAGGAAAGGAGACCACGGAGAUCUUGUGUGCAUGCUGGUCCUUUAAACUUGAGGACAGACCGACAUUCUCUCAACUAUCUGACCUGCUGGAGAAGCUUCCUAAGCUCAACCGCAGACUCUCCCACCCCGGACAUUUCUGGAAAUCUACUGAGUAUGAAUCGUAGAGCUGUGAGAUUGCAUGCCGUCACCCUGCACUGCCUCACUGAAGAGAGCAAGCUGAAGUGAACUCUUCUUGGAUGUAACCUUUAGAAGCAUAAACAUGUGUCUAAAUGCGUGUAAAGUCUUCUUUGUUUCUUGAGCCUUUUUCAAGUGUGUCUUAAAUUUGUAAGACAUUUGAAGGUAAAUCAGAUUUACCUUCAACAUAUGCCUUCAAUUCAGAAUUCAGUGAAUUCAGUGCAUCGGGUGGUUUAUUUUUAAAUGAGCUUAAGUUUUAAAUGUGAAUGUUUUAUUUUGAGAAACAGCUGUCUGUUCAGUCUGAGUAAUAGAGAGCUUAUAUGCAGGUGUGUUUGUUUUUUAACUGCUGAUUGUCCACAUAAGGUGCACUGUGAGUACUGUACGUUAUCGGUGUGAAAUUUUCUUUUUCCAGUUAUUUUGGUACAGUAGAUUCAGUCUUUAUACGUCACAGUUACAUAUGUCUUGUGCAAAAUAAACAGUAAAUAGUAUAACGUGUGUCAGGUUUGAGAACAGAACACAAUAGCUUUGGUAAAUGAAACGCUUUCAUUCAUAACAUAAAUGUCCUUUGGUUUUCUCUCUGACCUUUCCUUCCCCGUUUCCUCUCUGUGCUGUGAACAGAAGUAUCAUCUGUUUCUGCUGACUUCUCCUUUUUACGAUUCCAGCCACAUCAUCAUUCUCGCUCUGUCGUGCAUCUUAAAAUUCAACCCAAAUCCUCCAUGUUGUUUUCUUUGUCCAUCUGUUGUUUUUUUUCUUCCCAUGUCCUCCUGAAGUGAAUCUCUCACUUCACUUUUGCUUUAGAAAACAAGCAAUUGCUUGUGAAUGUUGCAGUCCUGGGCAAUAUGACAAAAUAAUAUCAGUAUUGCAAUAUCAACAGUUAUGGCACAGUACAAUUUCUAAUUGGCCAAAACUGAAUAUUGUGAUUUGGGGUGAAUGAGAUAAUGAACUUGGUAUUAUCAAAAUAAAAUAUGUAGAAUUACACUUUUAUACUGUUUCUGUCAUUAGCAAUUCUACAACAUCAACCAACUCCAUUGUUAGUCAGACUGACAAGUAACUGACUGAACAGAUACUUGGUCCUUUUAAAAUAUAAAUUAAAAUAAAAAAAAAAAAAUACUUUUUGCAAAUCAAUGGACAUAUAGCUUUCCAUAGUGUUUCACAUAGCAUGUUGUGCGUGUUCGGUGCAAACCUCAUUAUAAGUAAAUAUCACAAUACAUAUUGUGCAUCAUGAACACAUCUUCAAGUAUAAUGCUGUUUUUGGCAUAUCCAUAUUAUUUAUUCAUCAACAGCCUAUCCCAGGAACACUGGAAACACACCCUGAAUGGGACACAAAUUGGUCAUUCCAAUAUAUACAUAAGUCUUCUAUUUUGCAAACAUUUUCCAGGUGUCAUGAUUUGGUAUCUUUGCCAUAUUGCCCACCCAAGGAACAUUGCUUGAUUUGUAUUUGAUUUCUUAUGUCUGUUAUUGACCAGGCUUGUGUGAUUCUGAUUUUUUUUUCUCCUGCUUGCCAUUUACCAUUUAAAAAAAUUACAGACAGGUCCCAGGAAGGUAUGCAUGGUCUGCAGAUGGGCCUCAGCUGCCUGACACCACACAUAAACCUCGAUGUUAGAGGAUGUUGCCCCAUAGAGGCUCCAUGAAUAGGGGCGUAGCUGUAAACUAUUUUAAUCAUCCAGUACUGAAACAUAGGAUUUCCACCAUUUCAGGUUUAAUGACCGUUUAGGAGGGUGUAAUCACCUAAUCCCAGCUGCAGAUUAAAAUGCGAUUAUGCAGUACAGUGCAGUAAACAGUUAAAAAAAAAAAAA